UCGUAACCAUUAGUAGUCAACCAAUAGACCUACUUAAGUCAAAAUAAACUGAGCUAGUUUAUUAAAAAAAGCUAAAUAAAAUUGAAAUCUGUGGAUGCAGUUUUUAUAUUGUUAUUUUAUUGUGAUAGUGAAAACUUUUGCCACGAUAUGAAUACGAGUUUUUGAUCGGUCUCUUUUAGAAGUACGAAGAUAUGAAUACGGGUCGGUGCCAAACGAAUUUCUCAUAGAGUUUUUGAUCGGUCACUUUUUGAUAUACGAAAAAACUAAGCAAAUAUCGUGUGAACAUAAUGUCAAGCGGCUCAAAGAAUUUGCGAACAUUAUAGCCAGAAGUAUGAAUGACUUUAAAACUUAUAUAAAAUUGUGGUGUCUCCAACAUUUAUAUAUUUUCCAUCAAAAAUACACAAAAGAAGUUCAAGUGAAACGGUCAAAUUUUUGUAUAUCGACAUCGACACUGAUUGCCAACGCUCAGAUCAUGCGAUAUACGCACUUUUGAUUCCGCUUGAGGCACGUCACUCAAAAAAGCCCCUAUAAUGACUGAACACGCACACACGAAAACAAUUUCCGCACAUCGUUCACAGCUAACGGUUUAACGGUUUAACGACGUGAAGGGCGGGACUCGGUGAAAGUUCAGUGAUGGCCGUUGUGCGUAGAUGCGGGUGACAGAUUGCGUCGAAUGCCCUUUGAUGUCCGCAAGCAAUUAAAUAGUGCGCUGACAAAUAGACAAUGAAAGCGCGAGCCGAAUAUCGAAUAAAUGAACAAUAUAAAUAAAUUAUAAGACAAAUUUUGUUAAAAGGCAUUCGAGUGUUUCGAUAAGCGUUAAGCAAGACCUCUGUCUUGUCGAGCUUGACAUGAAAAUUUUGUUAUGAGUUGCUAAUUUAACGCCAAUAUGCAAAUUUAGUAGAUCAACAGCGCAGCAGCAAAGUGCUAAAAUUCAACGCGAAACAAUUUUAAACUGUUAAAAUGUUACUGUUGUUGUGUGAAUAUGUAUAUAGAGGCUCAUAUAAUGAAAUCCAAUGACUUGCAGUAAAUUUUGAGUGCCUAUUUCUUCGAAUACUUCCAGCAUAUGUAGGAUUGGUGGCUUAAGAAGUUGGAAAUAAAUAAAGAAGGUGUUGUUGUUUUUGUUUUUGUAGCGUCAGAAAAUAUUACUGAAGUAAUUUCGAAGCAUGGUGCCGAAUUUACAGACCUUGGUUGGAUAAAAAUCCGGGUCCGUUCCAAUUACUUAGACCUGACUGUCGUGGGAAUGGAGUAAAUAAGCGGGUCUUUGAGGAUUCUUGAACUUUUUAUUUCCCAAAACUUUACAGAUUUUAGAGCUCUUUGAGAAAUCGGUUGAAAUGUCGAUCAAUUUAGAGUUUUGUACUGAUGAAAGUCAUUUAUUGCCCGAGCGAGAUUCCAAUCCACUGCGCGUGAUAGUCACGUAUACCGCUUAUAUUGAGCUGGCGCUUUAUUUUUUCUACUUUUAUUCGCGUCACCUAUGUAAAUCAGUUCAUAAGUUAUUCAUAUUAGUAUAUUUUUACGCUCAACAUACCUGCGUGUCGCUAUCUUUGUAAACUUUUUAAUAAUUUCAAAGAUAUCGUCAUAACUUAAUUUUUUACAGAUUUUGUUAUUGCGCUUUUUGCGUACGCACCUGCGCCGUCGACAUCGCCGCGGUCGACGCGCAGCGCCGACGUUUCCAUUGGCAUAACGUUUGUCAUUUUCUAGAGCUGUUAAUUGAAUUCCAAAACACCCCGAAGUUGUUUGCGCGUGGGCCCAGCUCCGGCGGACCCGUUUUUCCAGCAAACUGCACGAACGCAAUGCGCAAAGCGCCCGCCAGUGCGGCGAGCAGAAGGCGCGGCGUGCAGAUCUGCAGCUAUUUAGAUUAGUUUUCGUGCGCUGGUUAAUUUUACUUGCAAAUGUACACAAGCCAAGUCGCUAAAUAGACUUACACAAUGCCACAAGACAACAACCAGUGAACAAUAUAUUUUAAUGUUUAAGAAAGGUAAGACAAUAAAAAGCCAAAUACAUCUGUGCGGAUGGUAUAAUAUGCUUCAGAUGCGAUAACGACGCGUUGGCCGACAACAACAGUAAUGAAAUAAUUAUCGACCACGCCAACAGCGCUUUCACUUUCAGGGGACGCUCAUCAACGCCAAUACUCGGCCGCGUCGCUAUAGCCGCAAUAUUUUAGCGGCCCUCAGCCGUCACCGCAUUUGCGCCGUAUACGCAGAAGAGCGCGUGUGCAUUUUCGUGCAGCUUCUAUAUUUUUUUCGGUGCUUUCGUUGGUAUUUUUUCUGCACUCCUUCUCAGAUCAGCGGCAACGUGUGUAAUGCGUUAAUUGUCGCCAUAGUCACUGCGUAUAUUAUUCUUCUUCAGCUAACACUGGAGUAACAACAAAGCCGCACCGGCAUCUGCGGUUUUCCGCAGCACCAAAUCAAGUCAAGUCGCGCUGAAUAUGACAAAAACGCUAAAGCAACAACGCGUCAGUCAACCUGCCAGCUAACCAGGUUGGUCAAGCGGCCGCAGUCAGUGCAAAGUCAGUCAGUCGAGCAGUUCACAGCGAAGCGGUCCAAUACCGCUGCCUACACUACCAACGACAAAUCAUACAAAGUAGACGCUAUUGUGCGCAGCUGCACAAGCACCGCCCCUCGAGAUGGAUCCACUCACAGUUUUGCUGCUCUCGUUCAUCAUCCUGGCGCUUAUUUGCAUACAUUUGCACCGCAAACAACAAUACUGGGAGGCUCAGGGCAUACCGUUGCUUAAACCAUUCUUGUUCUUUUUCUACGGGCGUGGUCGCAUUGGCACCGAUUGUCAUGCUAUCGACAUACCCAACGAAGUCUAUCAACGCUUCCGCGAAUCUGGAGCACCUUUAGCCGGCAUGUUCAUGCUCAGCGAUCCGCUUAUCAUACUACUGGAUUUGGAGCUCAUCAAACAUGUGUUGAUUAAAGACUUUGCCAACUUCAGUUAUCGCGGGCUCUACCACAAUCUACGCGAUGAUCCGCUUAUGGGUAAUCUAGCUGCAAUCGACGGUCCUUACUGGAAGCGACUUCGUGCCAAAUUGACACCAUCCUUUACCACGGGCAAAAUGAAAUUUAUGUAUCCUACACUCAUAAAAGUGGCCGAACAGUUGCCUGGGGUUGUGGAUCGCCGUCUCUCCGACGCAGGCAUAAUCGACGUAAAAGACCUAUCAGCCUGCUAUACCACCGAUGUGAUAGCGAGCUCUACACUUGGCAUUGAUUGUGACAGUCUACACAAUCCACUUGAGGACUUUCGUCUGAUCACCGUCAAGUUCUUUGAGGAGUAUAGUGUAACACGUGAUUUGAUUAGCCAACGCCUACCGCAACUGGCCAAAAUGUUGCACUGGACCAACACACCAAAAGUGGUGACAGACUUCUACAUCAAAGUUGUGCGCGAUAAUAUAGCCUACCGUGCGGAGCAUGGCAUAGUACGCCAAGACUUCUUGCAAAUUAUGAUCGAUCUCAUUAAAACCGAAGCACUCACAACGAAUGAGAUUGCUGCGCAGGUAUUUGUCUUCAUCAUAGCGGGCUAUGAGACCACUUCGACGACCAUGACAAAUUGUCUGUGGGAACUGGCGGUGAAUGAGGAUAUACAAGAGCAAGUGCGCGAGGAAGUUGUACAGGUGAUGCAGAUGCACAAUGAUGUGCUCACUUACGAGUGUCUCAACCAAAUGACCUACUUGGAUCAAGUGCUCAAAGAAACUUUGCGUAAACAUCUCAUUGCGCCUGCAUUGAAGCGUGUUGCUUACGAAGACUACAAGGUACCUGGCACAAACUUUGUCAUCAAAGCCAACACCACAGUACUCAUACCAUCCGAAGCAAUACAACACGAUCCACGCUACUACCCAGAACCAGAGAAAUUCGAUCCGUUGCGUUUCACACCCGAAGCCAUGGAGGAGCGACACCCGAUGACAUUCCUACCAUUCGGCGAUGGUCCACGCAACUGUAUUGGCUUGCGUUUCGGCCGCAUGCAAGUGCUCAUCGGUUUGGCAGUGAUGUUACGUAAAUAUCGUUUUAGUGUGGCACCAACCACACCCAUACCGUUGGUGUACGACCAAACCAUUUUAUUACGUGCGCCGAAGGGUAAAGUGGAGCUCAAGUGUGAGCGUUUAGUUGAGGAGAAAUUUGCAGAUCAUAUACCAAAGGGUGUUAACGUAGAGGUGGAAAACUUUACCGCAAGCAUAAGAGAGCGGCGCGAGUAUGAAUACACAGAUGGCGAGAGAAAUAAAUAAUGCACGAGGUGUGCGGAGUUACAAUUGCGGUUCGAAGAAGUGUGAAAUUUUGUGCUAAUCGCACUCACAGUUACUUUGAGUGUUUUGAGACUGCUUUUUGGCGAGGUUAUAAUGAUCGUAGUGACGUUUUCUCAGAGUCUGCUUAGCAGUCAAUAAAAAAAGGGUACUUUACCGAAAGCAGUAGUCUUGGUUAAGUAACCAGAACUUAACUGACAGUUGGCUGCUAAACAGACAUUGAGGACACGGCGCUUGGUGUUGCUUGUAAUUGUUUUGGACUUGAUAUAAGUAGGUUGUGAAAAUUUUAAGUGAAAUACGAGGCGCUCAGAAAAUUCAUUCGUUGAAAUGUCUUUUUUUUUUUUUGUUUUCCAAACACAUUAUGUACCUAAACAUAAACGUAUAGUAACGGGCCCUAUGCGCUCGCUUAGUUGCUUAAUUAGUACCCAGCUUUAAUAAAAGCUUUUUCCAGCACUAUAUACAUAUGUAUAUGUAAUAUAAUAUAUAUUUACUCU